AUGUCCCUCAAGAGGCUGAGUCUGUCUUUGGGUUUUGAAAGCUUCCACGGGUUCACUCCCACUUCUCUCCACACUAACCCCUUCUACAUCUCCCAUGACAGCGAGGCUAUUGAGCACGCUCUCUCCACAGAGACAACAAUGAUUGAGCCAGUGAUGGCACCUAUUGAAGAGAAGACUGAUGAUCUGGAAAAAUAUUUGCUCGACAUUGAGGGAAGUGACGACUCUCCUACACUGAAGGAAAAUGCCUUCUUUGAUCCAAUCUUGUCUGAAGUGUUUGGAGAUUACGUCACACGAUGUCACUCCAGUGACAACAGAGACUUCAAACAUCAGUUUACAGUGAUGCAAGACUGUGGUGCAGGCUUUUCCACGAUUGCUGGAUCUAACACGAGUCUGCAAAAGCUCAACAGAUAUAAAAAUAUCAUGCCAUAUGAUGAUAACAGGGUCUUACUCAUGGCAGUUGAAGGACACACUGAGUACAAAGGAGACUACAUUAAUGCCAGUUACAUUGAUGGAUACAACUUUGAGCACAAGUUCAUAGCCACGCAAGGACCACUGCCUAACACAACUGUUGACUUCUGGAGGAUGGUGUGGCAGGAGAGGUCUCAGAGCAUUGUGAUGGUCACCAAUCCGGUGGAGGGAAAUAGGAUCAAGUGUCACAAGUACUGGCCGGAGACUGGGAUGCUGUCCUUUGGUCCCUUCAAUGUCACCAUCACAGGACAACAGAUACUGGCUGACUACACCACUCGGGAGUUUAGUGUCCAGCUGGCAGAUAGCUCAGAACCAGCUCUGAGUGUGACUCAGUUCCACUUCACAGCCUGGCCUGACCAUGGAGUGCCUGACUAUGCCACUUCACUUCUGGCCUUCCACAAAAAAAUGAAGAAACAUCACAAGGGAGGAAUGGGACCAAUUAUUGUCCACUGCAGUGCUGGUGUUGGGAGGACAGGGACUCUGAUAACUAUUGACUGUGUUCUUGAGCAGCUGCAAGAGGAGAAGGUGGUGGAUAUAGCUGGUGUCAUCAUCCACCUCCGCACACAGAGAAUGAAAAUGGUCCAGAGCUUGGAACAAUAUAUCUUCAUCCAUGAUGCUAUCCUUGAGGUCCUGACAUGCGGUGAUACCCAAAUCGAUGCCUGUAACCUCCGCAGAGUUACUCAGAAAAUGACUGAAUGUGACACACAAACCAAUCUCAACGAUUUUGAAAAGCAGUUCGAGGUACUUGAGAAGGUUUCUGUAAAGCCAGGAGAGAUUGCAAGGAGCGAGGCUCUUCGUAAUCCCACCAAGAAUCGGAGUGAUGACUACCUCCCUGGUGAUGCCUGGCGUGUGGCACUGAGAGGACAUCUCCAGACUUAUAUCCACGCCGUUUUUGUUAAUGGUUACAAGCAACAGAGAGCAUUCAUCAUAGCUCAGAGUCCCAUGGAGUCCACAGCCAGAGAUUUCUGGAAGAUGGUCCAUGACAGGAAGUGUGGAGUCAUUGUUAUGCUCUGUGACUUGGUGGAAGACGAACAGGAGACGUGUUACCAGUAUUGGCCUCAGACUGGACUGAUUCAGUUUGUGGGCUACACAGUUGAUCUGAUGGAGGAAAAGGUCAUGGAGGGAUUCAUCAUACGCAAAAUAAGCGUCUACAGUGAGAAG